AUGGUUAGUACCGUUCAGACAGUCAAAAUUGAUGUUAACGCUCAUGAUGCCUCUACCCAAAGCAUUGUCAGACCCCGUGAGCUAAGUGGAAACAAAAUGAACAGUGUAGAGAUGCCGAGCAAAAUAGAACCACAGGUAUUUCAAGCCGCUUCAAAUGCCUUCAUGGAUGGAGCACCUUAUGGUGAUUGGAGAGACAGCUUCAUUGAACGAGGUUAUGCAAUCUUGAAAGGUGCAAUUCCAAAAGAUAGAGCUCAAUACUACGAGUCGCAAAUUCAUGACUGGAUUAGAUCAUUCAGUUACACUAAAAAUUUGAAUUUGAACGAUAGGUCGACUUGGCGAGAAAAGAAUCUCCCUGCACAUCUCCCUAUAAACGUGUAUGGCCUAUAUUGCUGUAGCCACGAGAAAUUCAUGUGGGAUAUUCGUCAAGAGGCUGGAAUAAUUGAUGCUUUCUCCAAAAUUUGGGGAACGGAUGAGUUGUUAGUAUCAUUUGAUGGUUUCAGCUUCAUACUACCUGAACGUCCAGAUCUUCCACCACCAAAAUCUUGGGCCCAUGUGGAUCAGUCUCCUUUCAAAAGAGGACUUCAAUGUGUGCAAGGGAUUGCCAACUUGGGUGACGCAUCUGAUCCCAAAGAUGCCUCUUUGGUGGUCUAUAGUAAUUCUCACAAGUACUUUGACGAGUUUUUUGACACACAGACAGAGAAAAAUGGUUGGACCUCAGUCGAUUACUAUUCCUUGACGGAGUCUGAACGCGAUUGGUUCUUAAGUAAGCCAGAUGUUGAGGAAAUCAAGUUAUCCGUGAACCCCGGUGAUCUAUUGGUAUGGGAUUCUAGAACGAUUCAUUAUGGAGGUGGUGCUGAUCCAGGCUCAGAGCAUAUUCGUUCUGCUGUAUACGUUUCAUACAGCCCUGCAAAGUUCGCCACGACGCAGUUUUUGGAGCUGAAAAAAAAAGUGUUUGAGUCCUGGUCUGGAACUACUCAUUGGGCGCAUGAUAAUAUUGUGUUAAGAGGGAAGGAUAUCCCGUUAUUGCCAAACUAUGAGCCAGAUCCGGAGAACAGAUCUGAACCUCUCGAAAAGCCUGAAUUAUCAGAUAAACUGCUGAAAUUGGCAGGAGUUCGUAGAUAUAGCUAA